AUGGGAUGUGGCACUUCUGUUGGUACAGAAACACAAGGACAGAAAGUAAAGACAGAUGAAUCUGUAGUUAAGACGACCAAUCCAGCUCUGACUAUGAAGGCAGCUGUUCUUAUCCAACAAUGGUACCGGCGUUACAUGGCCCGUCUGGAGAUGCGGCGCAGAUACACCUGGAACAUCUUUCAGUCUAUUGAAUACGCUGGAGAGCAGGAUCAGCUGCAGCUCUCCAGUUUUUUCACUUUUAUGCUGGACAACUUCACUCAGCUGAAUGGAAAUGGACCAGACCUGAUCUCUCAGCUGCUGGACCCAGUGGUCGACCCCUGGUUGGACAGAGAGUCCAGCUACAGCCAGAUCCUGGUCCCAGACUCGUACACAGGGCCUCGUUUAUCUUUUCCGCUCUCAGUCUCUGAUACCAAUGCUCUGCUCUGUGCUUUUAAAGAGCAACAGACCCUUCAUGCCAAAUACCUUCUUCAGCUGCUGUAUGAGACCAAGAAACUUCUAAAGCAAAUGCCCAACAUCAUCCAACUGUCAACGUCCUACAUUAAAGACAUAACAAUAUGUGGGGACCUGCAUGGGCGUUUGGACGACUUGCUUCUUAUUUUCUACAAGAAUGGUCUACCCUCUGCUGACACUCCGUAUGUCUUUAAUGGGGAUUUUGUGGAUCGUGGGAAGAAGUCAGUUGAAGUGAUCAUCCUCCUUUUUGCUUUUCUUCUGCUGUAUCCUGACCAUGUACACCUGAACCGGGGAAACCAUGAGGAUCACAUAAUGAACCUCAGAUAUGGAUUCACCAAGGAAGUCAUGCAGAAGUACAAGACUCAUGGUCAUGAGAUCCUACCGCUGUUUCAAGACAUUUUUAGUCUCCUGCCAGUGGCAACAGUCAUUGAUGGGAAGAUCCUGAUUGUGCAUGGAGGGAUAUCAGACGAGACCGACCUGGACUUUCUCAGCUCUAUUGAGAGGCACAAGCUCAAAUCUGCGCUGCGGUUUCCUAGGUGCAGUUUUGAGCAGCUGGACAUCAGUCAGUCCUACAGAAAGACAAAAAGACUCAAAUCGGGAAACAGCUCUCAUUCCAGCAGCAACAGCAGUCGCAAUCAGAGCAAGAACCAAAAACGGUCUAACCAAAGGAACACACAACGCGGUCUCAGACGUCAAGAAAGCAACAGCUCCGCUUCUUCCUCGUCAUCAUCUUCAUCCUCCUCAUCCUCUUCACUCUGUUCUCCUAGAACUCCAUCCUGCCUAUCGCCCCACCCUUGUCAUCCUUCUCCUAGCCUGCCCAAUACUGUCAACAUUCAACACAUGCCUUUCCUGGACUCUCUGUUGUCCGCUCGUCAGCCCUCACCUUCACAACGACGUGAACGGGAGUGGAAACAGAUUGUGGAUAUUUUGUGGAGUGACCCUAAAACCCAGGAAGGUUGCAGCCCCAACACCUUCAGAGGUGGAGGCUGUUACUUUGGCCCAGACAUCACCCAGAAACUGCUGCUGCAACACGGACUGCAGCUGCUCAUCAGAUCCCACGAGUGCAAACAGGAGGGAUACGAGCUCUGUCACGGUGGACAGGUGAUCACACUUUUCUCUGCAUCUAACUAUUAUGAGGAGGGAAGCAACCGUGGCGCCUACAUCAAACUGGGCAGAGAACUAGUUCCCAGAUUUUACCAAUACCAAGUCAGCCGCACUACACGCAAACUCACCCUCACACAAAGGGUGCGAGCUGCUGAAAGCUCUGCUUUCAGGGCUUUGAAGGAAAAGCUGUUUUCCCAUCGCUCUGAGUUAAUGUCAGGAUUCCAGCAGUUCGACCAGAAUAACACAGGAGUUGUAUCAGUCAGCGACUGGGCUGAAGUGCUGGAAUCUGUGCUAAGGCUGGACUUGCCCUGGAGAACACUCCGUCCACACCUGUGCCGUCUGGCAGCAGAUGGCAGUGUGGAGUAUAACUCCUGCUUUGAGGACAUGGGAACAGGAGUUUCUCUGCCUCAGGUCACUCCAAACUUGGCUGAAACUCUCUUCAGAUUCAGGACUGACAUUGAGAUAAUAUUCAACAUUAUUGACAAAGACCAUUCAGGUCUGAUCUCCAAUGAGGAGUUUCGUCAAACCUGGCGUCUAUUCAGUGCCCACCUGGGUGUUGAUAUCGACGACAGAGCCAUCGAUGACUUGGCGCGAAGUAUCGACUUCAACAAAGAUGGCAGUAUAGACUUCACUGAGUUCCUGGAGGCCUUUAGAGUGGUGCACAAACUGGACAGCAAGGACCCACACUUAAGUGGAAAAUAGAUGAGGAGUAGUGUUAAAAAAUAUUAUUUGCACAAGAUUUGAUGGCAAACAUACUCAUCAGUAUUGACACAUCAGAAGAAACAUAACACAGUAUGUGUCAGUAAUGUUUGGUUGGACAAUGUAUGAUAAAGU